AUGCAGCGGUGGACUCGCAACGGGAUGCUGGACUUCUCGCAGCCGUCGGCGUCAUCCCCGUACGGCUUCUACGACGCCGGGCAGGGAGCGUCGAGCAGCCGCGGCGGCAGAUCACACGGGUGCCGGAGCCAGGACAAGGAGCAGCGCAAUCUGGAGAAGAACCUGACCAAGGUGCGCAAGGAGUGGAUGAAGGUGAAGGAGGAGAUGGGGUACGCGAGGCUGCUGAGCGAGCACCUCAGCGAGACGGUGACGGAGGCCGACCGGAAGGUGGCCGCCAUGCUGCAGGAGCUCGACCGCACGGACAAGUAUAUGCAGGACAUACUGUCCUCGUCCCAGCAGAAGUGA